AAAUGCCAGCGAUACCUCUGCCCUAACCAUCAUACCCAUGCGUCGUUCAAGCUUGGCGCACUUUGGUGCUCUGUCCGUGAACCAGCCCUGAUCUAUCGGAACAUGGUGGACGCGUUUCUAAGAGGAUUUGCGAAAGGCUCGCGAUACGGUCCGCAGCUCCAUGAACUAAAUCACAAGUGCAAGUCCAAUGGUGCUCUAUUCUUUCCCAAGGACUGGUAUAUUGGUACGAGUCUUGACGCUCGGAUUGUCAGGGGGAAGCUUUUGCUUCACAGUGUCUACAAGCUAUCCGUAUCCUUGUCAACUCGACCCCCCUAGUGCUCUAACCUCACAAGUUGACACCAAUGAACUUGUCCCGGAUAGACUUGUGCCUCCAAUCCAUAAGUUCAGGAGCGUUCGGCUGCGCUCACACUCGAGAUACACUCCCUGCGGUUAUCCUAGAUGCGUUGCAGCUCCGAGUAGGCUGCGCCGGUGAUCAGACGAGAAGCCUGGAUCUCUUGAACUGCGGUUACUGCGCCACCGACCUGCGGGUCCGAGUGGAACUAGAAUGCGGCGGUACUUGCAUUCAAAUUGAAGUGAAAAUAUGGAAAUCUUUAGGGAGUCGAGAGCCUGACAAUAGAGAUGAGACAGAGGAUGCACGUUUCCACUACGAAUGCAGGAGGUAUGAGCCCUUCGUAUUAAUUCUCCCACUAAUAGCAACCUAGAGAAACUGUCCAAAGAAGGAGUUAAAGGAGAGUACAGCAUGGUGGGGUUCACAGAUCAAUUUCAAAGGCGUCAGAAUUGGAUCCAGUUGUGGAAAUGGUACUAUGACCCGCGCACAGCUCAAUUGGGUAGAUACUGUGUCCCUUGCCAUGGGGCUGGGAGGUCAGCUCGAAUUCAAGAACAUGCAUUGCCUUUACAAUUU